UAGUAGGUUUGUGGUUUCCCGGAUAAUCACGUGACAAAAAUGGUGGAGAGGGAUGUCACACACGUUAUAUUCGAUGUCGAUGGACUUCUGCUGGAUACAGAGAAAUUGUAUGACGUUGUAACCCAAGAGAUCGUUGGUCCGUAUGGUAAAAGAUUUGAUUGGUCAGUGAAAGUGAAGAUGAUGGGUCGUCCUCCACCGCAAUCCGCACAAAUUUUGGUGAACGAGCUACAGCUGCCGAUGACGAACAUGGAAUUUUUGGAUAAAGCAAAGGCAGGAUUUGCAAGGCAUUUCCCAACUGCCAACCUCAUGCCAGGAGUUGAGCGACUUGUUCGUCAUCUUUACAAUCAUGGUAUCCCAAUGGCAUUGGCAACUGGUUCAUCUGCUACAGACUAUGAUGAUAAAAUCACCAAACAUCGAGACUUAUUUCGUCUCUUUAGCCACGUGGUCACUGGCGACGACCCUUCUGUAAAGAAUGGCAAACCAGCACCUGAUGUUUUCCUCACUGCAGCGUCUCGCUUCAGCACUCCGCCUUUGGAGAUGUCACACGUGCUUGUGUUUGAAGACGCUCCCAAUGGAAUAGCUGCGGCAAAGUGUGCUGGAAUGUGGACAGUUAUGGUGCCAGACGCACGGAUUGAUCCCCAAAUGACUAAGGAAGCCCAUUUAGUUAUAAAGACUCUCGAUGAAUUUGAUCCUCAAGCGUGGGGGCUGCCAAGCUUUUAACUUAGUUGUAGG